AUGGCAAGUAAUAAAGGAUUUGAUGGUAGGAGGGACCUCAUUGAGGCCUAUGUUGCCCUGCAACAUAUUGUAUCAUCCAUGAAUUAUACUUGUGGAGUUUAUAUAGUCGUUUUGCAUGCCGCACUGGAAAGAUUUGAGGCUACGAGAAAAAUAAGUAGAAAUCCUAAUCCUUUGAAACAACAACUUGACCACCUAAAUAGGUUGGUCAGAGAUAAUGACAUAGAUUGCUAUGAACAACUACGAAUGAAUAGGCAUACCUUUCUGUGGUUAUGUGGGCUUAUUAGAACAAAGAGUGUGUCAGAUUCAAAAUAUGUUGUGUUAGAGGAAAAGGUUGCUAUGUUCUUGAUUGUGCUUGGGCACCACCAUAAAAAUCGAAAUGUCAAAUUCAAUUUUAUGAGGUCUGGUCAAAUAGUUAGUAAGUAUUUCAAUGAUGUCCUUAAGGCUGUGCUUCGAUUGCAAGGUGUCUUACUAAAGACACCUGAGCCAAUAACUGCUAGGCGCACAGAUGAUAGGUGGAGGUGGUUUCAGUUCAUAUAUGUCUUACCUGGAUGGGAAGGUUCCGCUUCAGAUUCUAGAGUACUUAGAGAUGCCAUAAGUAGACCAAAUGGGUUGAGAGUGCCAACGGGUUCUUACUAUCUAGUUGAUGUGGGCUAUACUAAUGGGGAGGUCUUUUUAGCACCUUAUAGAGGACAACGUUACCACUUGUCCACUUGGAGGGAAGGGGGUGCCCCAACUAAUCUAGAGGAGUUCUUCAAUAUGAAGCACUCCGCGGCUCGUAACAUAAUAGAGAGAUGUUUUGGUCUUCUGAAGCUUAGAUGGGCAAUAUUGAGAACAUAUUCCUAUUUUCCAAUCAAGACCCAAUGUCGAAUUAUCACAGCUUGUUGUCUUCUACACAAUCUCAUCAAACGUGAGAUGCCUAUGGAUCCAUUGGAGGUAGACUUAGAUGACACAUUGCCAAAUAAUCAAGAAACAGGGGACAAGUACAUUGAUACAAUUGAGGGAUCUGACCAAUGGAGUAAUUGGAGGGACACUCUAGCUAACCAAAUGUAUAAUGAGUGGUUAGCUAAUAGGAUGUAA